AUUCGCUAUUACCGUUAUGUACUUGCUGUGGUUUUUGCCAUGAACGAAGUCAAUCAGAGCCCAACACUGCUUCCAAAUACCACACUCGGAUUUAAGAUUUAUGAUGCCUGCUACUCGGAAAUGAAAGCACUUCAUGGCACACUGACACUACUUUCCAGACAGAACACUGCCAUUCCCAACUACCACUGCAACUUUCAUUCACCAAUGCCAGGCAUUGUGGGAGACUCCCCAUCAAAAUCUUCAAUGCCCAUGGCAAGAAUACUGGGGUUAUACAUGUUCCCACAGAUUAGCUAUGGAGCAGCUGUUUCUCCUCUGAGUAAUAAAAGACAGUUUCCUUCUUUUUUCCGGACUGUUCCAAAUGAUAGUUUCCAACCUUAUGGCUUGGCUCAGAUGAUGAUGCGAUUUGGCUGGAACUGGGUGGGAAUUGUGGUCUCAGAUAACGACUAUGGCAUACUUGGUGGCUACAACCUGAAGGCAGAACUGAUGAAGGUUGGUGGCUGUGUUGAUUAUUUAGAAAUAAUACCCAAGUAUAACUUCAAAAACAAGAUACUCGAGAUCAUUAAUCUAAUGGAGAGGUCCUCGGUGCAUGUUGUUGUCCUGUAUUCUGCACUGCAAGAGCUGGUUCCCUUUAUGGAAGAAGUUUCAAUGAGCAACCUAAGUACUAAGACUUGGAUUGGAGUUACAGGCUGGUCACUCACUCCAGUCUUUAUGAAGAAAGAAAUUCUAAAAGUUUUAAAUGGUACUAUUACAUUUGCACUUUUUCAAGGCAGAAUCCCUGGUCUGAAGGAGUUUAUUUACAGCACACAUCCCGCCACAUCACCAGAUGAUAUUUUUGUCAAGCUCUUUUGGGAGACUGCAUUUGAGUGCAAGUGGCCUUCAUCGAUAGACAAUAACGUUACGGCAAAUGUGAACAAAAAUUAUAGCAAGAUUUGUUCAGGGCAGGAAGUAAUAUCACAAAUCGAUGUCAGCAUACUCGAUGUGUACAACUUCCGCUAUACCUACUGCAUUUAUAAAGCAGUGUACGCAUUUGCACAUGCACUGCAUGGCCUUCUUUCAUGUCAUCCUUCGGUACAAGCACCUUUCAUCAACCAAACAUGUGCAAAUAUCACCAACAUCCAUCCUUGGCAGCUCACUCAUUACUUAAGGAGUGUGUAUUUUAAGAAUACUGCUGGAGAUGAUGUCUUCUUUGAUGUCAACGGAGAUCCUCCUGCUGUUUAUGACAUUCUGAGUUUACAGAUUUUAUCUGAUUUUACCAGCAAUUAUGUCAAAGUUGGAGGUUUUGACUCUCGGGCUCCUAAAGGCUGGGAAAUAUUUAUCAAUGACAGUGCCAUAGUGUGGAAAAGUGGCCACAAGAAGGUGCCCCGUUCACUUUGCACUGAACCUUGCCAGACUGGAUUUAGGAAAGUCACUCGGAAGGGACAACCAGUUUGCUGUUUUGACUGCAUUCCAUGCUCCAAAGGAGAAAUCAGUAAUCAAACAGACUCAAGUGAUUGCAUGAAGUGUCCUCUAGAUUCAUGGCCAGAUGGUAGAAGACAGAAGUGCGUCCCACGUGAUAGCGAGUUCCUGGCGUAUGAAGAUCCUGUUGGUGCAGUUCUAACUGCGGUCAGCCUUUGUCUGUCACUGCUAACAGUCUCAAUCUUCUCUAUUUUCAUUAAAUUCCGUGACACUCCCAUUGUUAAAGCCAAUAACAGGGGACUGAGUUAUGUUUUGCUUUUAGCACUCACUCUGUGUUUUCUGUCUUCCCUGAUAUUCAUUGGCAUGCCAGAAGUUGUGAAAUGCAUGCUCCGCCAGGUGGUAUUUGGAACUGUCUUCACACUCUCUAUCUCCUCCAUCCUGGCCAAGACAGUUACUGUGGUUGUCGCAUUUAAUGCUACACGGCCAAACAGCAAACUGCAAAGGUGGGUGGGAACAAGGAUCCCUAACUCUGUUGUCUUUCUCUGCACUGCCAUUCAGGUCAUUCUGUGUACCACCUGGCUGGCCACAUUUCCACCUUCACGAGAAAUGAAUACAGAAUCUGAAGAUGGAAGGAUGAUUUUUCAGUGCAAUGAAGGUUCCAUAGUCAUGUUCUACUGCAUGUUGGGGUACAUGGGACUGCUAGCAACUAUCAGCUUUGUUAUUGCAUUUUUAGCUAGAAAGCUGCCAGACAGUUUUAAUGAAGCAAAGUACAUUACAUUCAGCAUGAUUGUGUUUGUUAGUGUGUGGCUGUCAUUUAUUCCUGCUUACAUGAGCACCCGUGGAAGGUAUAUGGUUGCUGUGGAGGUAUUUGCCAUCCUGUCCUCCAGUGCUGGGCUGCUUGCCUGUAUAUUCCUUCCAAAGUGUUACAUUAUUCUGCUGAAACCAGAAAGAAACACCAGGGAAUGGCUGACAGGCAAACAAUGGACAAGGGCAAAAUGGUUCUCACUGUUAACACAAUAUCUCACUCAGGCAUUGUUGACAAGCUGA